AUGAACCGGGACAGAGCGGAUGGGGUCCAGACCGUGAUAAGCCGGGAGAGAGCUGCGGCGGGGCCAGUGACGGACGCCGUGCCACCCGUCAUGAGUCGGGACAGAGCGCUACCGGCGCCCAGCGGCGGGGACGGCGUCCAAACUGUGGUGAGCCCGGACAGCGGUGACUUGUUAGACGGAGCCGCCGCAGGGGAGAAGCGGCUCUUCUCCAGCGCGACCGCCGGCGGCAGAGAUGCUCAGGCCACGGAGAACCACUCGGAAGCUCCACCGACGAAUCCGGUGUUGGCCCCGCCACAGCAGGGCCCCAUCGGGCACCGGACAACUUCUUUCUCCGUGCUGGACAUCCUGGACCCCAACAAGUUCACGAGCAACCGGCGACACCAGCUGCAACAACAGCACGUGAGCCACCGCGGCGAGCUCGAGCAGAGCGUGUACGGAGCGGAGAACCGGAGAGGAGGAGCCGGGGAGCGCGAGCCCAGCCUCGAGGCCAGCAAGGGCUACGGUGCAGACGAAUACCAGAGCAAGGAGGGCUUUAUAUACAGAAGUCCAGAUGAGGAAGACUUCCACAGAUCUGGGACCCCGGACUCAGAGGCUGCAGACGGGCCCUACAGCAGUGAGGAGAGCAGCUCGGCUCUUCCCAGUAAUGGAGACAGAGAACUAGGCCAGCACAGCCACCAGGAUCCCAGCAGAGACACAAAGACCCCUAACGGAAGCCCCACAAGCCAGAUCACCAGUCCCCAAACCAAUGGGGGCCAAGGGGCCAAGCCCAAGAGGAAACGCUCUGGCUCAGACUCCAAGUCGGGGAAGCCCCGCAGAGCCCGGACUGCCUUCACCUACGAGCAACUGGUGGCGCUGGAGAACAAGUUCAAGUCCACACGCUACCUGUCAGUGUGUGAGCGCCUCAACCUGGCCCUGUCCCUCUCCCUCACUGAGACCCAAGUUAAGAUCUGGUUCCAGAACCGGCGAACCAAAUGGAAGAAGCAGAACCCUGGAGCCGACACCUCGGCCCCCACGGGAGGAGCAGGAGGCACGGGAGGCACAGGGGGAGGAGCGGGAGGAGGCUUGGGAAGCCUCAGCCCUCUGAGCCAAUCCCCUCCAGUCAGUGGGCAUCUGGCCAUGCACACAGGCUAUGCCGGCCACCAUCACCCCCCUGCUGGGAGCCUUGUCCAGCUGCCUUUCCUCACCGCCAGCCACGUCCUGUCUCCCUUCAUGCUGGGGACACAGAGUUAUGCUGCACCUGCGUUCUACAGCACACACCUGUAGAUACACUC